AUUGUAGGGGAAUUCCCCCGUACUGAUUCAGCACUUUAAUUCACUGCCAUUGUGCGUGUGUGUUUACUAAUGAAUGUACAUGUGCCAGUAGCUACCUUGUACCUAGCUGUCUAUUAGAAGAUGACCUACUAUCUUGGGAAGGUUCUCUCCUCGUGCAAGGAUCUCUACAAUGAUGUGAAUGCUGCCUACUUGACUGGAGCUAUUGACAUCAUUGUCAUACGACAAAAGGACGGGUCCCUCAAGUCCACUCCAUUUCAUGUUCGAUUUGGGAAGCUUGGUGUACUGCGAACAGGGGACCUCAAAGAGAUAGAGUUGGAGAUCAAUGGUGAGGUGGUGGAUCUGCACAUGAAGGUUGACGAGAGUGGACGAGGUUUCUUCUCAAAGAAGAGACAUUCUGAGUCUGUUUCAGAUUCAGACAGUGAGAGAAGAGCACAGAUUGCUCUCGAUAUGGAGUCACCACUUCCUCCUUCAUCACAUGAUGAUCAUGUGACACACUUAGAGCGAGACACGACCAUCCUCCAUCCAGAAUUACCCAAACAAAACAGUGACGGUGUUUUAUUGUUAGGCCAGACAAAACUGUCUGAGUAUGACUUUGAGACUAGACGGUUGAGCACACCUCUAAUAAGAGAGAGCAGUGAAGCUUUGAGUGACCCUGUCUUAGGAAAUGGCUGUGAAGAGCAGUCAACUUCAUUUAUGCCUGAAAAAUCAACCCCCAUUUUAAUUAAGGCUGGUCCCAUGCUGAGGGGCUCUAGUGAUAUUAUACCGAGGUCCUGUAGUCUACCAAUGGCAGAGGAGGUGAUGUCAGACAGUGCUCUGGACAGGCAGAGGUGUGAUAGUCUUCGCUCUGAGACCAGUAUCUCCACACUAAGUGCCCUCAGUGACACAGAGGUGGAGGUCAAGGACAGACUCACCAGCAAGUUAUGGGAAUGGAGCGCUACCUCUCGACGGAAGAGAGGAACCAGCCUAGGUGAGGCAAGUUCAAGCUCAUCUACUGGCCUUCUAGAGGACGAGUACACAGAGAGAAGUCUGCCACAACCAGCCUCUGUGGAUAGGAGAGGGUUCUGGAGUGCUCUGGCAGGGAUCCUCAAGCGUAGGAACACUCAGAGAAAGGCCUCCAUGGAGAAUGGAAUGUACCUGGACGAUUUUGACUAUGAUAGCAUGGACCCCGACGAACUGUCCAAGUUCUUCCCAUCCAGUUCUGUCUCUACGGAUGCCAUCACCACGGAUACAGUGGGUGUAGUAACAGAUCAGACAGGAAGUUCUGGUCUGGGUAGCUCCCCUGCUCUGUCACCGUCUCAGUCUGCCGAUGAUGAUAUGAUGAGGGAGGACAACUCCAGACUAUUGUCACUUUUGAAGAACAGCUGUGCAUUCUCCCUGUGUGGUGGGCUAGCUCAGGGGAACAUCACUGAUGAGCAAUUCCAGGGUGCUCAAGUUCCCUAUUCUGACUUCUGUGCUGAUCCAGCUGCCAUAUUCACCAACCCUAGUUUGGUGGUGCUAGUUGAUGGCAAAUACUACAACUGGCAGACAGCCUCUGCUCUACUGCUCUCCUCCAUAGCCUUCCUCCAAGUGCUCCCAGAGCCAGCACAAGACAAACUGACUAAGAAACUCAUGCCCAAGAAAGUUAUAAAGCCUCAGAAGUCGUCAUGGUUAUUCUGGGGAAGGUGGUCCAAGGACAUUGAAGAUAAUGAGGAUUUGGAGAGCAAGGCCAAGAGCGAGGGCUGUACUCCGAUAGGUUCUCCUCGUAAGUGGGACCACGUGGAGCGUAGUAAGAGCCUCGCCAUUGAGAGCGGGAAGAUAGACAUCCUCUCAUCGGAUGACGAACAAGAACAACCGGUGCGACCGCGACAGAGGUCACUCAAGAAGAAGAAGACUGGGUUCACAACGACUCCCUCUUCAGAGCAGCUGGCUAGUCUCCCUCUCAAGCCUGGGGCUAACACUGUCACGUUCUCUGUCACCACUAAGUACCAGGGUACUACCAAGGCUCAGUGUACUCUCUACUUGUGGAACUACUUUGACAAAAUCGUCGUCUCGGACAUUGACGGCACAAUCACCAGAUCUGAUGUUGCAGGACAAGUGCUACCAUUUCUAGGCAAAGACUGGACACAGAACGGAGUGGUGGAGUUGUAUGGUUGUAUAUCACACAACGGCUACCACAUCAUGUACCUCUCUGCUAGAGCAAUAGGACAGGCUGGCUACACUAAAGAGUUUCUGCGCAACAUCAAGCGUGGCUCGUGCUCCCUACCAGAUGGACCACUCUUCCUGGCUCCAUUCUCACUCUACAUAGCCUUCAGAAAGGAGGUGAUUGAGAAGAAACCUGAAGAGUUCAAAAUUGAGUGUCUGAAGCAAAUCAGAAACCUCUUUCCGGACGAUUUCAAUCCUUUCCACGCUGGAUUUGGCAACAAACCAAGUGACGCUAUGUCAUAUGUGCAAGUUGAGAUUCCCCCGUCAAGAAUAUUCACGGUCAAUCACAAGGGCCUUAUCAAGCACAAGCUCUCAGUCUCCUUCCAGUCCAACUACACGGACCUGAAGAGGCUUGCAGACGUUCAAUUCUCCCCACUCAAGUACACAGAGGCAGCCGCUCAAGAUGAGACUGACUCUGCUACUCCUGUAGCUAGCGUGGUAGACAUUGAGGCUUGCAACAUCAAAGAAGACUUUAAUACUUUCAAUUACUGGAGGGAAAAUAACGUUCUAGACCAGUAUCUAGCCGAUCUGCCAGAACUGACGUGAUACUGUUUUGUGUUCACACUACCUCGCUCCGUAUUUCAUAUGCAUUCCAUCCAUCUAUUUACUUUUUCAUUGAUCUAACAGGUUAUGUGAUUUUCAUAUAUUAUGCCAUAAAUUCAAUGUA